ACUGGUUUCCGGUUUAGCAUUAUCAUUAGCAACACGGCUAAUGCUAAUACAUGUCAAAGGUCCUCAGAACAUCAGACGAGAUUGAAGGACACACAAGGCUCCAGGCAGCAAUCUCAGCUCAGCAGAAGGGGAGGAGGCCGGCCGACCGAAGGUCCACACAGCUCAGAGCAAAGAAGAAGAAGAAGAAGAAGAAGCUGCUCCUAUUGUUGAAGCUUUUCCUCCAAAGACACUCAAUCCUCUUGACAUGGAGUCCGCCAUCCAGACGGUGGUGACCACCUUCGUGAAGUCGAGCAGAGGCAAGGAGAACCUGGAUGGAAAGGCCUUCCAGAAGUUGGUGAAGAAGCAACUUGGCGGCGUCAUGGAAGACACGAACAGCUCGGCGGCCAUCAAGGAGAUGCAGCGCGGCCUGGACGAGAACAGCGACGGCAAGGUCAGCUUCCAGGAAUACCUCACCCUGAUUGGCUACGUGGCCAAGUCCAUCAGCCAGGCCAAGAGUGAAUCCAACGCGGUGGCUUCGUAGACGGCGUGACGUCUAUGGGACCGGCAUGCUUCUUUUUUUUUAUGUUUCCUUUUGUAAUUCUUUCAAAAAUGCAGCUAACUCAUCAUGCUAGCAUGUAGUCAAUGUUCCCUCCAUGCUGAAGGACUUCCUAGCAAAAACGCCAAUAAAAGCUUCAUACUGAU